AUGCUACAGAAGAGCAAGGUGAAAGUGCUGCUGGUCGUCGUGGCGGUCCAGUUCGCUGUCAUCGUCCUCUUCUUCCAGCUGCAGAGCCACCGCCAAAGCCCCUCCGCGGAAGAGGAGCCGGAGGCCCGCCUGCACGUGCUGGUCCUGUCCUCGUGGCGCUCGGGCUCCUCCUUCGUGGGGCAGCUCUUCAGCCAGCACCCGGACGUCUUCUACCUGAUGGAGCCCGCCUGGCACGUGUGGGAAGCCCUGUCUCAGGGCAGCGCCGCCGUGCUCCACAUGGCCGUGCGGGACCUGGUGCGUUCCGUCUUCCUCUGCGACAUGGACGUCUUCGACGCCUACAUGGGCCCCGGCUCCAGGAAACAGUCCAUCCUCUUCCAGUGGCCGGUCAGCCGGGCCCUCUGCUCCCCGCCGGCCUGCGGGGCCUUCCAGCGGGACGACAUCAUCGACGAGGACGCCUGCAGGUCCUCGUGCAACCAAGAGCCCUUCGCGGAGGUGGCGGAGGCCUGCCGCUCCUACAGCCACGUGGCGGUCAAGGAGGUGCGCUUCUUCAACCUGCGGGUCCUCUACCCGCUGCUGACCGACCCCUCCCUCGACCUGCGCGUCGUCCACCUGGUGCGCGACCCCCGGGCCGUGUUCCGCUCCCGAGAGGGCACCAUCGGUGAUUUGAUGAGGGACACCCGGAUCGUGCUGGGGCAGCAGUGGGAGAGCAGCAAGGAGCAGGACCGACACUACCGGCUCAUGGAGGCCGUCUGCCAGAGCCACAGGGAGAUCUUCGAGGCCGCGCAGGCCCUGCCCGCCUCCCUGCGGAGCCGUUACCUGCUGCUGCGCUACGAGGACCUGGCCCGGGCCCCGCUGGCCCAGGUCUCCCGGCUGUACAACUUCACGGGGCUCCACUUCCUGCCUCGCCUUCAGCAGUGGGUGCACAACGUGACCCGCGGCCGGGGCCUGGGGCAGCACCCGUUCCACACGAACGCCCGGAGCGCCCUCAACGUCUCCCAGGCCUGGCGCUGGUCCCUGCCUUACGAGAAGGUGGCCCGCCUGCAGGACAUCUGCAAGGAGGCCAUGGCCCUGCUGGGCUACCGGCCCGUCCUGUCUGAGCGGGAGCAGGGGAACCGGUCACUGGACCUGCUGACCACCAUGAGGCCCUUGCAGCCGAGCGGCCCGGGGCCCUGA